UAAAACCAUGAUCAACGAAAAAAACUUGGAACUCCUUCUUGAUUUUCCUCUUCUUUCCAACAUUAAUGAAACGGAUCCUGAAAAUGGCAUCAAGGGAUGGUAUGAUAUGUAUGAGACCAUUGAAGAGCUAAAGAAACAAUUGGAAUUAGCAGGACCUCUGGUUGUUGUGGGUUUUAUGCAGUACUUUUUGCUGUUGAUAUCUGUCAUGUUUGUUGGUCAUCUCGGAGAGCUUUCUCUUUCCAGUGCAACUUUAGCUACUUCGUUUGCUGGAGUAACUGGUUUCCGCUUCAUGCUUGGAAUGGCAAGUGCAUUGGAAACAUUAUGCGGACAAGCAUAUGGGGCAAAACAGUAUCAUAUGCUUGGGAUACAUAUGCAAAGGGGUAUGCUUGUAGUGGUGGCAAUUUCCAUCCCCAUAUCCAUUGUUUGGGCAUUUGCAGGGCAUAUAUUUGCUUUCUGUGGACAAGACGUUGAACUUUCAAUUCAUGCUGGAGUGUAUGCUCGUUGGUUGAUUCCCAGCAUUUUGCCUUAUGGGCUCCUCCAAUGCCAAUUAAGGUUCCUGCAAACACAAAGUAGACUUAAACCACUGCUGAUCAGUACUGGCUUCACAAGUUUACUUCAUGUCUUCUUGUGUUGGGCAUUGGUUUCAAGGUUGGGAUUGGGAAACAAAGGGGCUGCACUCUGUAAUGCCAUAUCUUAUUGGAUCAAUGCGCUGAUUUUGGCGCUUUAUAUAAGGUAUACAUCGUCAUGUGAGAAAACAUGGACGGGGUUCUCCAAAGAGGGUGCAAGAAACCUUCCCAGUUUUCUAUCAUUAGCUAUUCCUUCAGCUUGUAUGAUCUGCUUGGAGCAAUGGUCCUAUGAGUUUCUGGUUCUUAUGUCAGGGCUGCUUCCUAAUCCGAAGCUCGAGACAUCUAUGAUGGCCAUCAGCAUGAGUACCAGUUCUCUGGCCUUCAGGAUUCCCUCAGGAUUUAGUAGUGCAGUAAGUACGAGGAUAUCUAAUGAGCUGGGAGCAGGGAGACCUAAAGCAGCCAAGUUAGCAGCACGGGUCGUUCUGCUUAUUGCUCUGGUAGAGGGCUUUCUACUGAGUGGAAUCUCAAUUGCAGCAAGAAAUGUGUGGGGAUAUAUAUACACUAACGAAGAGGAAGUGGUGAAAUAUCUGGCUGCAGUCAUGCCAGUACUUGCAUUGUCCAAUUUCAUGGAUGGAAUCCAAGGGGUUCUUUCAGGUACUGCAAGAGGAUGUGGUUGGCAGAAACUCGGUGCACAAGUCAAUUUAGUAGCCUACUAUGUUGUUGGACUUCCUUGUGCUGUGAUUUUAACUUUUGUCUUCCACUUUGGAGCAAAGGGUCUUUGGACAGGAAUUAUUAGUGGAAGUGGUCUUCAAGCAUUACUUUAUAUACUUAUUACCCUAAGGAUAAAUUGGGAGCUUCAGGCUAUUGUUUCAAAGCAUGUUCCUUGUGAAUUGCCAGCUCCCAGAAGACUAAGUCACAGAGAAUAUUGA